AUGACGGUAUAUCAACCACUAAGAAUACUUCAAGCUAAGAAACCAUUAUCUCCAAAUGAUGGACAAACAGGAAUGGACUUGAACAUCUUUUUACGCUGGCAAGGAUCGAUGUCCAGUAAAAAGGGGACGAAUCGCCCUUGCAGUAUAAGUUACUGGACAGCUGGUGUCACCUUUACCAAGUGGCCGACAAUAUCGAAUUCGAAACUUGUGGCAAGAGUUACCCAGCAAAAUAUUUUGAAUCCUGCUGAUGGUUAUUCAUCCUCUGCAUCAUUUACAUUUGAUGAAAGACUAACCGGCAACGCUUAUAUAUUUGUAUAUACUGAUAUAGGAGGGUAUAUUGUUGAAAAUAACACAACAAAUAAUGUGCUACGCAGUUCAUCAUCCAUAGAAGUAAAACUAACACCACCUCCUGAUCUUGAAGUAACAUCAAUACGUUACCCAGGACCACGUGUCUACUCAGGAUCUAAUGUACAGUUGACAUGGACAGUUGUUAACGCAGGAGAAGGUCCCACAAAGGACACUUCGUGGUGGGAUAGAGUUUGGUGGUCUCAAAGUCAAGACCUUGGAUUUGGCGCAAAAUAUUUUUCAACCACACGACACGAUGGGAACAUAGCACAGAAUGGAAAUUACACUCAGUCAAUAUCGAUAAAAAUACCGGAAUUUAUUUCUGGAGAAUUUUAUGUGAUCAUAGAAACGGAUGUUUAUAAUCAUGUGUUUGAAAAUUUUGGAGAGAAUAACAAUCUACUAGCAAAGAAGGUACAAGUGCUUCUUACUCCUCCGCCUGACCUUGAGGUGCAGUCGAUAAAUGUGUCGGAAAGCUGGGUAACUGGUAACACUGUUACUAUCUCAUGGACGGUUCAAAAUUCCGGAAAUGACUCGCCGCUGUCACAGAUGUAUUGGCAAGACAGAGUGAAAUUGGUUUCGAGAGAAAGGCAAUUGAACUAUAUUGAGAAAGUUAAUGGCCUUCAGCCGCUUGAAAAUUACAGACAAAAUGUUUCUGUAGUUCUUCCAUUCAGUAUUUAUGGAAAUGUAGCAUUCAGACUUGUAGUAGAUAACAUAUAUAAAUCGACUAGAGAUCCAUCGACAACUAAUAAUAUAUUUACGCUGUCUGAUGUUGAAGUUAAGCUACGAGCAGCGGACCUAACCCCAUCAGAUAACAUUCAAAUCAAUGAAUACAUUCUUGCAGGGAAACCUAUUUUAGUGAAUUACCGCGUGUUUCAUAAAAGUAAUCAAGACAAACCGAAAAUGUAA